UCUCAUUUCACAGCCAAGUAGAAAACUUGAUUGUCUUUUGCAGCCUAGCAUUUUGGGUGAGAGACAGAGUGCUAGAGAUUUGCAAUUCUUUGGCUAGAACAACAAAAGAGAGAUGGCGGGAAUUUCUGGUCAUUGGGCUUUUGCUUUUGGUGUCCUUGGUAACAUUAUCUCGUUCGUUGUGUUCCUUUCUCCAAUACCCACGUUUUAUAAAAUUUACAAGAAGAAAUCAACUGAAGGGUAUCAGUCAAUUCCAUACGUGGUUGCUCUCUUUAGCUCCAUGCUUUGGAUAUACUAUGCAUUUUUGAAGACCAACACGACCCUUCUCAUCACUAUCAACUCAUUUGGUGUCUUCAUUGAAACUAUUUACGUUGGUUUCUAUCUUUUCUAUGCACCAAAGAAGGCCAGGGUCCAAACAGUGAAGAUGCUCCUAUUAUCAGUGGUGGGUGGAUUUGGUGCAAUUAUCCUGGUUACUCAAUUUCUAUUCAAAGGGGCGGCUCGUGGACAAGUGGUUGGAUGGGUUUGCCUUGUGUUCUCCUUAUGUGUGUUUGUAGCACCCUUAGGCAUUGUGAGACAAGUUAUCAGAACAAAGAGUGUGGAAUACAUGCCACUUCUCCUAUCAGUUUUUCUCACAUUGAGUGCCGUCGCGUGGUUCUUCUAUGGUCUCCUACUAAAAGACAUUAACAUUGCUGCUCCAAAUGUAUUGGGAUUUAUCUUCGGUAUACUUCAAAUGGUGCUCUACGCAAUAUACAGCAAAAAAGAGAAGGACAUCUUAAAAGAGCAGAAACUUCCAGAGAUGCAAAAGCCUGCGGUAAUUGUGGCGGAUGAGAAUAUGAAUGCUAAGCUUCCAGAACUCACACAGGAACAAAUUAUUGACAUAGUGAAGCUUGCAGGUUUACUGGUUCGUACAGAUAAAGUACAGGUUGCCACGUGUCCUCAUGCUACUAAUUGUGGAGUUAAAGCAGCUAAUGUAGAAAAUAUGCCGAAGCUGCAAACUGUGGAAGCCAGCUAAGAUAUAGUAGUAGAACUUCGCUUCUGGAAUUGGUAUUGAUCUUAGAGCAACAUUGCGCAGAUUAAUUGCCAUUAAUUCCCUUGUUUAGCUUUUCCCAAUAUUGAGAUGUGUUUGCACACAAGUUAUCUCUUGUAUAUGAUGCUCAUAUAUAUAUUUCGUGUAAGCUUUCUCUUAGCAUAUGGUCCUAUAUAAAAGAAUAAACUUGUUAUCUUCA